UCCUGCAGCAAACAGAACUUGCAAACUUAGUUAGUCCAAUGCGCUUUCCGUAGUCCAAAAGUCUGUUUAUGGUUGCUUAGCAACGCUCCCUAACAACGCAGCACACACCGCAGACUGAUGUAAACACAGCAGAUGGAAUACUUUCCAAGUCCGACAUUAUAAUUGAUAAUAUUUUACAUUUAGAUAUCUGAGCGUAGACGAGUGUUGUACAGGACAUGGAGACUGACGUUCGGUGUUUUCUAACCCAGGCUACAGAGCAACAAGACUGCACGGCUCUACAGUCCGCCUACCGUUUAAUCAGAGGUGGGAAGGCAGCGGGACACAGCGGACGAACACCACGCGUUUCCCCACGACUGUACGUCCUGUGUGCGGAAACAGCCCUGCAGCUGCAUUGUUUGGAGAUAAGCGAGGAGUGCCUACAGAUGUACUUUGGAAACAAUCCUCAAAAAGAUCAAUUUUUGUGUCGAGCUUAUCUCUGCCACGGUCAGCUGAUGACUCUGUCCGCUGCUGGGACGGUGGGUGACUUCCCACAGGCUGUGGAAUAUUUUCUUAAAGCAAUUGCCAUUUCAAAGCAGGAGCCAAAAUUCCACUUCAUGGUGUUCAACGCCUCAGUGUUGUACUUCCAGACGGUGCGUCCACUCCUGCAGCCAGGGCGCUGCGCCCACCUGGUCCCUUCCCUCACGCAGGUGGUGCAAAGUCUGGAGGAAGUUGCAGACCAGGACCACAGCUGGAGGGCGGAGCUCAUGAUGCACCUGAUCAGAUGUGUUGUGGACUCUGGAAAUAUUAAGGAUGCUAAGGAUGUUGGGAAGGUUACAGAAGAAUUUGUCAAGUGUCACACUCCACACUUACACCCAAGACUCUUCUCAUUACUGGUGCAGCACAAUCUGACAGACCAAGAUGUUAUUAGUGAAAUAACCAGGCAGAACCAGAACCUAGAAGUCACAUACAAAAUACAGGAAUUCAAAAACAGAUUGGAAGAAAUGAAUAAGGGAGAGAUGAAGACGCUGGAUCUGGCCAAGCUUGAAGAAAUAUUCCAUCUUUUGGUGGACACCACAGGAAACCACAGCCCACCCCCCCUCCAACCGGCUGAUAGGGUGGCUCUUCUCUUGGAGUUAGCUCUGCUGGCCUUAGAAGCGAAGCAUCAGAAAGUAGCUGUCGACUGUUUGAAGGAGCUCAAGUCCAGCAGAGCGGCCAAUUUUGGACAACGCAUUCUGAUGAAAUGUGUCAACAGCCAAAUCAACAUGCUAAAAAAGGGAGCGAAGAUGAAUGACUACUCCAGAGCCAGCGUGGAGGCUCGUCUGAAAGAGAUAGGCAAACUGGAUCAGUGGCUGCAGAGUGCGAUGAGAGAGGGCGACCCUCAGGCGGUGCAGGCGGUGUGUGCCACACAGUGGAGACUUUGUCUGCCUCUCCUGCAGCACAACCUGAGGAAACGCAUCAGGACGCCUAUGCUCAGAGUCAUCCAAGGACUGGAAGACAUCCACAGUUUGUUCCUGGAGAUGCGCUGUCAAAUCCACUCAGAGAUGGCUUUAAUUGAAGAGGAGGAGGGGCGCCUGGAGGCAUCUCUGACCCACCUUCAAAAAGCCAUCAAGUUAGAUACCGGCUCACAACGUGAACGUCUGUCACGGGCUUUACAUCUCCUGCAGCUCAGAGGAACCCUCAAUCAAAACCCCUCCUGCAACACAGAUAAAGCUGCAGUGCUGCUGCAACAGGUCAAAGACCUGCAGUCUAACGAUGAGACAGAGAUCCGUCCCGCCCUGGUGACUGUCGGACUCCUUUUGGCCCCGGAUGAUUUCCAGAUUGUACUUGAUGGAGACCAAAGCAGUUUUGGAUCUGGACCAGAGAUGGAUCGUCGCUCUGCUAAUGUUCGGCAUCACUUCCAGUCUUUACAGAUUUUAAAUGGUCAUCUGUCCAGACAGGCCAGUGACACUGAUCACAUGGAAAAGAUAAAGUCGUGGGCGACUCUGGUGAAGACAGCCCGGAAACAUGAGGUUUGGGAUGUGUGUCGAGCUGCUUGUAGAUUCUGUUUGCUUUACGAUGAUGGGAGGUGGCAGAUGUCCCGGGCUGAAGGCGAGAACAUUUCUAAAACUGAUGACUGCAGCUGCUCACAGGACGAAGGCUGUGGAAAAUGUCCUGGCUGUUUACCAGAAAACAUCUGGAGGAAGUGUCUGCGCCUGUUGGCUGAAAUCUACUUCAUCAGUGCUGAGGCUACCAUCCAGCAGCUGUUUAAAGAAGGAGUUCAGCUGAACAGACCUGCCAUCCCACCACGGACGAUGAAAGGUCAAGAGUGUGACGAGGACCCACAGUGGGUCACAUACAGAGACUGGAUUCAGGAUUUGUCGGCCUACGUCACCUCCAGCUUCCUGCGGGCAGCCCAGCUUGGAUUACAGAUCAAGGAGCAGUGGCUGGUUGAAAACGCAGCCAUUUACAUGUGGAACUACAGUCGACACUCACUAGUGGCUGAGGAUUUCCGACUCCUGCUUCCCUCAUUUCAGUGUCUGGUGAAGAUGCUGCGAGAGCUGCAGAACCCUGGCAAUCGCACCGUAGUCGUGCUGCUGUGCAACGCUGUGGCCAGGGGAUUGAUCCAGCCUGUGUGUGGAGCAGAAACUAUUGAGCCGACCUUGACAGCAGAGAAGGGCAAGAACAGAGCUGAGAGGCCGACGGGAAAGACUGGGACUUCUCACGGGGUCUCCUCGGACGCUGCGGCUCCGCAGGACGUCCAAAAGGCGCUGGAGCUGUGUGAAUACGCCCUUCAUAUAUCCAAGAGCAACAGCCCCGGAGAGAUGGUUCCUAUCGCAGCCAAGAAGCAGGUGUUGGCCACAUGGGUGCAGAUAAAGAUGCUGCUGCAACAACAGAUCCACACAAAUGAUGUCAAAGAUGAGAACGAGGACAUGUCAGCGCUGAUGCACGUACUGGUUGGAGUGGAGAUGCUCCAGUGCAAUAAGAACCCCAGGCGUAUGGAGUUCACUGUCCCCAGUCUCUGCACACUUGUGACCACGGCAUCACAAGUGAACUGGACAGACUCUGUGACAGAGUUGCAGGUGUGGUGCCAGCUGGCUGCCUUCUGUCUCUCUGCCCAGGACCACAGUCUGGUCUUACGCUGCACAGAGAAGGCUCUGCAUCUGGGAGAAGCAGCAGCAAAGAGUACUGACACCACACUGUGUCUGUUCAACGACCUUAAGGCGGUGAAUGAGAUGCUGAGCUCCGUUUCCUCUAUGAGGGGUUUAGGCCUGGCCCAUGUGUCCAGUGGUGACGUGGACAUUUACAGGGAAGCUCUGGAGAUGUUUUCAUCCAGUGUCAGCUAUGCAGAAAAGGCUGAUAAUGUAAAAAUGUGCAUCACGGCUGCCAAACACUACUGGAACACCUGUCUGCCUUUGGCUCGGAAUCCUGGGGAAAGAUCAAAAGUCCGAGAUCAUCUGGAGAAAAUCCUCGGUGCUCUGUCACACACCGGUGCCAAACAUAAAAAGGUCCAAACAAAAGGCUUCCUGACGCUGAGAGCGAUACAUACUGAGAAUAAACAGGAAGCAACAGAUGAGGAGGAGCUCAGUGUACGGGCAGCCAUUUAUAGAAUGUUGCUGUGUAUCCAUGUGGAUAAAACUGAUCGGAAAAGUGCUCUGCAGUUGUUGGACAGAGCAGGUCGUGAGUUGAAUUCCUCUUCACAUACGCUUGAUCAGCUGAAACUUUCUAUCAGACUGAAAGCUCGACUAGGAGAAAGUGUACAGGCGGACAUGCAGAAACUUCAGAAAUAUGGAGAGCAGUGCAGUUCAUUCAUGUGGCGUCAGGUGGCGUUGUACGCAAAAAGCACAGCCCAGCAGCUCUAUUGCUACCACCAGUCCGUCACAUCUCUGCAGAGCCCAGAGACUCAGUGGCAGAAGGCCAACGUUCUCCUAGAGUUUGGCGAGUGGCUGUACCGUCACAACUUUUCCAAAUCAAGUGCCCAACAACAGGUUCAGUGGGCGAUAGACAUCGUGCUACAGCAGGAGCCUGAGACGAGAGAAGCUGCAGAGGAGGAAUCUGAAAAGAUGGGUUCAAGUGCGGUGGAACAUCAGUGUCUGUUCGGAGUCCAGGGGUCGAUGAAGCAGAAUCUUUUCAGUGUGAAGCAUGUGCAACAUCUGGACUUUUUAGUUCAGGCACACACUGUGCUUGCUGUGAUGGCAGACAGAGCGUCACCAGAGCACCAGCUUUACCUGCUCACAGCCGCCACAUUUGUCCUUCAAAUAUGGCAGGUGUCUAUAGAUGCAAGUUUUGGACUCUACAGUGAAAUGUCAAGGAGUCGUCUGCUCAAACCUCCGCUCUCUGCUGGAUCCAAGAAGGGAAAAGACAAGACUAAGAACAGGAAAGACGCAAAAGUAACAACGCCUGCAGAAGAACGGCCUAAAACUGACACCCUGGACUGGGUGUUUCCCACCUGCACAAAGGACUGGGCUUGUUUCACCUGUCCUGACUGGGCCAGAGAACUGAUCCGAACCAGCAGUGACUCCCAGUGCAUCAAUAAACACACCAUCAACACACAGCACCAGAGUAUAUUUUAUCUAAAUUUGCUGGAAAAGGAGCUGCACUCACUCUCACUGUAUCACCUCACCCUACCCACAAUGCAUCUGGCUGAAACCAUUGCACACGAUUUGCUGGACAAGAGGAGCCUGGCUGAUUUCUACAGACUAAAAAUCCUGGGGACAUGCUCACAGUUGGGUUUGGAGACAUCGUCCCCAUAUCACAAGACACUCCUCAGUUUGUGCAGAAACCAGGAACCAGAACUAAUGCAGUGCCACAAAGUCAUUGCUCUGUCACAGGAGGGCAGACUUCUCAACAAACCUUAUAAUGAGAAAGCCGAGCAGUUUGACCACAUUGAACCCUGGCAACAGAAUAUUCACAUCUGGUUGGACAAAGCUGAGCUCUGUCUCAGUAUGGGGCUGUACCAAGCUGCCCGGCAGCUCAUGGCAGACGCUCACACAGUGGCAAAGAAACUUGCAGUUCCAAAAGCAAUGGCUAAAAGUUUGCUCAGUUUUGCUGAUUUAGCCUGUAAGGAGCAGAACCAUGCUGAGGCUCUGAUCCUGCUUGAAAAAGCCCAAACCUUUGGCGGUGAUGAACAGUUCUGGUAUCACUUCAGUCUCACUAAGGUCAGAGCUGUAGUAGGCCAGAAAGACGAAGAUGCACAAAACAGGGCUGAUCACAUAAUAAAACAAGGCUGCGAGGCUCUAAAGCUGGUGAUGGAGCAGCAGGAAAACAGAGCCCCAGAGCUCACGUCCAUGAUCACAUUAUUAAAACUCAGAGGAGCUGUUGAAUGUCUCUGUGUCAUUGGUGAGGCUCAACCUGGAGAGACCGUCUCCCCCCAGACCGUCCAGAGGCUCAUGGUUCUUUAUAAUACACUCAGAGAUUGUGGCCGUACUUUCACUGAACUCUGCUACAAACAAAAGGCAGUAGAAGCACACGAGAAGUCAACACAGUGUGUAAGAAUGUUGGUAAAAUGUUUAGUUGAUGAAAAAAAGAAGAAGCUCCUCCUGCUCGAUGGCCUCUCCCAGAUGCAGCAGGCUGUUACACUGCAGGAGCAGGUGGCGCUGAAUGCUCAGAGCCUGGCCAUUCAACAGGAGGAGACCUGUGGAAUGUCAGCUUUGCACAGGCUGCAGCACUUGCGGCUGACCCUGGCCGAGUUGAGUCUGACUGUGCUGGAGGAACACUGUUCUGAGGUGAAGAGCCAAGCGCUGUCCCGUGAGAGUAAGACCUCCGCAGAGCUGGCACUGGAGGAGUUUACACGUUCCACACCUGAGCCAGGCUCCUUAGAACAGGUGUGGACCUAUGAUGGACAGCUGAACUGAGCUCCACAGUAAUGCACCUUUGACCCCUGGCCGCUCCUGCAACCCCGAAUAGGAUUAAGCCUGAGGAAAAGCACAGAUGAAAAAAGGAAAAUUUUACUUCUAACUCUGC